GGCCCUCAAGAACGCUCGUUGGCUGGGGGGCGGGGCCUCUGCGCCUCAGGAGGCGGGGCCUGACUGGGGAGCCGCCAAAUUAGGCAUCUUUUUGGAGAACGCAGGGUGGAACGUAGAGAGCGAAGUGAAGCUAUCCGACCCGGGACUGAUGAUGUGGCCACCCUCACUUCUGCUGCUGCUGUUGCUACUCAGGCGUGGAACCCAGGCGAAGCCAUCUCCUGACGCUGGCCCUCAUGGCCAGGGGAGGGUGCACCACGCGGCCCCCCUGAGCGAAGCCCCUCAUGAUGACGCUCACGGGAACUUCCAAUAUGAUCAUGAGGCUUUUCUGGGACGAGAAGUGGCCAAGGAAUUCGACCAACUCACCCCAGAGGAAAGCCAAGCUCGUCUGGGGCGCAUCGUGGACCGCAUGGACCGCGCCGGGGACGGGGAUGGCUGGGUGUCUCUGGCCGAGCUCCGCUCGUGGAUCGCACACACGCAGCAGCGGCACAUACGGGACUCAGUGAGCGCGGCCUGGAACACGUACGACACAGACCGCGAUGGGCGUGUGGGUUGGGAGGAGCUGCGCAACGCCACCUACGGCCACUAUGAGCCGGGUGAAGAAUUUCACGACGUGGAGGAUGCGGAGACCUACAAGAAGAUGCUGGCUCGGGACGAGCGGCGUUUCCGGGUGGCUGACCAGGAUGGGGACUCAAUGGCCACUCGGGAGGAGCUGACGGCCUUCUUGCACCCUGAGGAGUUCCCUCACAUGCGGGACAUUGUGAUUGCUGAAACCCUGGAGGAUCUGGACAGGAACAAAGAUGGCUACGUGCAAGUGGAUGAGUACAUCGCUGACCUGUACACGGCGGAGCCCGGGGAGGAGGAGCCGGCCUGGGUGCAGACCGAGCGGGAGCAGUUCCGGGACUUCCGGGAUCUGAACAAGGACGGGAAGCUGGACGGGAGUGAGGUGGGCCACUGGGUGCUGCCCCCCGCCCAGGACCAGCCCCUGGUGGAGGCCAACCACUUACUGCACGAGAGCGACACGGACAAGGAUGGUCGUCUGAGCAAGGCUGAGAUCCUGGGCAACUGGAACAUGUUCGUGGGCAGCCAGGCCACCAACUACGGCGAGGACCUAACACGGCACCACGACGAGCUCUGAGCCCUGAGAGCGCACUGCCGCCUUGUCACCUGGGGCGCCCCGGCGGCCAGGGCCCCACCUGUCCAGCCCUGCAGGAGGUGGACACCGACCUCGGCGUCCCCCUGCCCCUGGCGCUCCACGGACUCACCACUGGGUCAACUUCUCUCCCUGAGACACCGCAGCCCCUCCCAGCUCCCCAAAGGGGCUCACAGGCCCAAAUGAUGAGAUGAGGGACCACCCCUUUCUCACUGGCAGAGUCUCCCAGCCCAGACCAAGGUCCCCCUGACAUAAAGCUGAGCCUCCAAAGGCCUCCACCAACCCCCCAGCUCUAAGUCUGAGCCUCACCCCACGCAGCGGAGAAACACACCCCCAAGUGCCCUGAACUUGCCCCCAGCACCUGCCCAAAGGAUGUCUCUUCUCUGCCAGGGAGGCAAUAAAAGCCAGUGCUGGGGCCUCA